GCCACGCGUGCGCUUAGGCGCGGCUGAGCGCUGACUGGGUGCGAGCGGGGAAGCUGCUAACCCGACCCGGAUUGGCGCUGAGGUGGCCCUUGUGGCAGAAACUGCCAGGCCAUAAAUACUAGAGGAAUGAUCCAGGAGGGACUCAGGGCAGAUGAUUCUGGACCAGAUGAAGCCUGAGGAGCCUUCCAGCUCUAAGAUAGCAGGAUAGGAGACUUCUAAGAUUGGAGCUGCAGAGGACUUGCCAGCCCACCAGCACAAUGUCAGGAAGCCAUACACCUGCCUGUGGCCCUUUCUCAGCCCUGACUCCGAGCAUAUGGCCCCAGGAGAUCUUGGCCAAGUACACGCAGAAGGAAGAGUCAGCAGAGCAACCAGAGUUCUACUACGAUGAGUUUGGUUUCCGUGUGUACAAGGAAGAAGGUGAUGAGCCUGGCUCCAGUCCGCUGGCAAACUCCCCUCUGAUGGAGGAUGCUCCGCAGAGGCUGCGGUGGCAGGCCCACCUGGAGUUUACCCAUAACCACGACGUGGGGGAUCUCACCUGGGACAAGAUUGCAGUGUCCCUACCCCGCUCUGAGAAGCUCCGCUCCCUGGUGCUGGCCGGCAUCCCACAUGGCAUGAGGCCACAGCUAUGGAUGCGGCUCUCUGGGGCCCUGCAGAAGAAGAGGAACUCUGAGCUGUCCUACCGCGAGAUUGUGAAGAACAGCUCCAACGACGAGACCAUCGCUGCCAAGCAGAUCGAGAAGGACCUGCUCCGCACCAUGCCCAGCAACGCCUGCUUCGCCAGCAUGGGUAGCAUCGGGGUGCCCCGCCUGCGCAGGGUGCUCCGGGCCCUGGCCUGGCUCUACCCAGAGAUUGGCUACUGCCAGGGCACCGGCAUGGUGGCCGCCUGCCUCCUGCUGUUCCUGGAGGAGGAGGACGCCUUCUGGAUGAUGUCUGCCAUCAUCGAGGACCUGCUCCCCGCCUCCUACUUCAGCACCACCCUGCUGGGCGUCCAGACUGACCAGCGGGUCCUGCGCCACCUCAUUGUCCAGUACCUGCCUCGCCUGGACAAGCUGCUCCAGGAGCAUGACAUUGAGCUGUCCCUGAUCACACUGCACUGGUUCCUCACGGCCUUCGCCAGCGUGGUGGACAUCAAGCUGCUCCUGCGCAUCUGGGACCUGUUCUUCUACGAGGGCUCCCGGGUGCUGUUCCAGCUCACACUGGGCAUGCUGCACCUCAAGGAGGAAGAGCUGAUCCAGUCAGAGAACUCGGCCUGCAUCUUCAACACGCUAUCAGAUAUCCCGUCACAGAUGGAGGACGUGGAGCUGCUUCUGGGGGUGGCUAUGCGGCUGGCCGGCUCCCUCACCGAUGUGGCCGUGGAGACUCAGCGCCGCAAGCACCUGGCCUAUCUCAUUGCAGACCAGGGCCAGCUCCUGGGGGCUGGCACCCUCACCAACCUCUCUCAGGUUGUUCGCCGCAGGACCCAGCGGAGGAAGUCCACCAUCACUGCUCUGCUCUUCGGGGAGGAUGACCUGGAGGCACUCAAGGCCAAGAACAUCAAGCAGACGGAACUGGUGGCUGACCUCCGGGAAGCCAUCCUGCGCGUGGCACGCCACUUCCAGUGCACAGACCCCAAAAACUGCAGCGUGGUGAGUCGCCAGCUCCCUGGGCUGGUACCGAACAUGGCCCUAACUGCUCCAACCCCCUUGGUGGGCCUGUGUUCACUGUGGCAGGAGCUGACUCCAGACUACAGCAUGGAGAGCCACCAGCGGGACCACGAGAACUAUGUGGCGUGUUCACGUAGCCACCGUCGCCGAGCCAAGGCCCUGCUGGACUUUGAGCGGCACGACGACGACGAGCUGGGCUUCCGCAAGAACGACAUCAUCACAAUCGUGUCUCAGAAGGACGAGCACUGCUGGGUGGGGGAGCUCAACGGCCUGCGAGGCUGGUUUCCAGCCAAGUUCGUGGAAGUCCUGGAUGAGCGCAGCAAAGAGUACUCCAUCGCGGGGGACGACUCGGUGACAGAGGGGGUCACAGACCUGGUGCGAGGGACCCUCUGCCCGGCCCUUAAGGCCCUGUUCGAACAUGGACUGAAGAAGCCAUCCCUGCUUGGGGGCGCCUGUCACCCCUGGCUGUUUAUCGAGGAGGCUGCAGGCCGGGAGGUCGAGAGAGACUUUGCCUCUGUGUAUUCCCGCCUGGUGCUCUGUAAGACCUUCAGGUUGGAUGAAGAUGGCAAGGUCCUGACCCCGGAGGAGCUGCUCUACAGGGCUGUGCAGUCUGUGAACGUGACCCACGAUGCAGUGCACGCACAAAUGGAUGUGAAGCUCCGCUCACUGAUCUGUGUGGGGCUCAAUGAGCAGGUGCUGCACCUGUGGCUGGAGGUGCUCUGCUCCAGCCUGCCCACGGUGGAGAAGUGGUACCAGCCCUGGUCCUUCCUGCGCAGCCCGGGCUGGGUCCAGAUCAAGUGUGAGCUCCGAGUCCUCUGCUGCUUUGCUUUCAGCCUCUCCCAGGACUGGGAGCUCCCUGCGAAGAGAGAGGGCUGCAGAGCUGUAUUCAAGUCCAAGGUUCUGCCCUUCCUUGAGUGGUCUAGAAGAAGGCACUGCCUGGCCCCUCAGAUGCUGGGACACAACAGGCCCGGGACCCAGCUGUGCUACUCACCCCUUCCAUGGAUUGAGUAAGAUGGACUAACAGGCCUGUGUUUUUGUUUUUAUUUUAAAAAGUUGUUCACACACCUUCCCCAUCUUUGUCCCAGCACUGGUUUUGGUGACUCCACCCCUACUCCCCUAUGAGUCAGCCCAAAAUGUGAAACCAGUGGCCCCAGGGCAGGAGAUGGCUACAACCUCAUGGCCACCCCUCAGCCCCACAGCAGGGUGAAGCUCCUCCUGUCCUAGGGCCACGAUGGCUGCAGUGAGGCGGCGGGGACGGAAUGUGAGUGGGUGGAGAGCUCCUGGCAGGAAGGCCAGGUAGCACCUCUGCCCUCAUGGCACUGAUAAGGAGCCAGGAAGCAGGGCAGGUGGGGCAUAGGCCGUGGCAGGGUACCUAUAUGUCAAUCACACGUGAUGGGUGGGCCUGGGUAGCUACAUGCCAGACUGGGCACCAGACUGUGGCACACAGCUCAAGGGUAACCUUGCAUCCGGCCCCCAGGAGCCGUGGCCUUCCAGGCCCUUCUGUGGGAGUAGGAUGGGAGGGAGUUGCACCCAUCUCCUGUACCCCCCCAAAAAUAUAUGUCUAUAUGUAUGUCGAUAUAUAAUAUAGAGGUAUAUACACCUGUACAGAAAAUUGUUGCCACCAACCACUAAAUGGUUACACUACACCAAGACACUAAAAUGGCAGGGAGCCCCAUCCCAGGAAGCCCUGGGACCCUGGGGUUGGCAGACACGGGGAAUAGUGGGUAGAGGCCCAGGCUAAUUUCUCCCUUCACAGCAAAGCAGGGAGAGAAAGGAAGGGGAUUCAUCCCUUAACCUGUCUCAGCCCUGGGUCAGAAGAGAAGCCUCCUGGCCGGGCUUCACCUACCUUAGCCAACUUGUAGCCAGACAGUGCCCCCUGACCUCAAAAAAGGAGGUCAAGCUGAAAUGGCCCUGACCCUGACCGGGUGUCCAAAACCCCAGCGUGAGAGCCAGGGCUGCUUCUUGACAGCUGCUCUCCUCUGCCCUGGGUGAGACUGAACCAGGAGUAGGGGCUUCUCUGUUCUAGCCUCCCAGGGAAGGGAAAAAGCAGGGGCUGUGAUUGUCAAGACUCACAACCAUGUGGAGAGGCCAAAUCACACAGGACAGCCACGCACUGGAGUACCCUGGCUCCCAGCC